UGUGUGGGCUCCGUGUGUGUCCCGCUGCUGCCGCUCGUCUGUCCGCAUCCAAAAUAAGAGUGAAGAUGUCCACAGCAGCGUUCAGUCGGCCUCAAGGAGCAGAGCCAGAGAAUCCUCGAGGUCCGAGCGGAGCCUCAAACUCGGGGGGAGCUCAGGCUCAGGCUCAGGCCCAGGUCCCAGGACAGGACCCGGGACUGGUCCAUCCUCAGCUCGUGUCCCGGCCCCUGUACUACGUCCACGCCCCCCCUCCGCCCUUCAUGCACUACCAGUGGCCCAUGCCCUUCUAUAACCCCUUUAACCCCUUCUCCGGCAUGGGUUAUGGUAUGAUGAUGCCUCCCUUCCCCCCUGCCGCGUACAUGGACCCCCCCGCCUACUUCGUCCCCCACGCUCCAGUGCAGCCGCUGGACUACAGACGCAUGGCCCAGCCCUACAGCGCCCCCUACCAGAACCCCAACGCCACCAGGAGACCGCGCCCGCCCCAGCCCCCCGGCCCCGCCCGCGAAACCGUCAACACCGAAGUCCAGACAGAACCGAGGGGUGGAGAGUUCCACGAGGAGAGCCCACGACGAAGCUCCUCGGACUCGGGCAGAGAAACGGCGUCCACCUCCCCCACCUCCUCCACCUCCAGCCAGAAAAAGUCAAACGAAGAUGUGGAGAGUUACAAUGAACCAAAUAAAGGCUUGCAGAUGAAGAUUUCAUGCACCAGAGGCAGUGUCGAGCCUUGUUUACCCACGCCAAGUCCUGAAGAAAGGCAGAGCAUACCGAAAAUAAGUGAAGACAACAGUUUAGUGAAUUUACAGUCUUUGAAAAAUCGAAAUGUGCUUAUGAUGAGACAAGAAAACGUAACCCCAGUGAACUCCCCUCGCAAAGACAUGUCCAAAAAAGAGAGGAGGAUUUCAGUACCGGAUAUUCUGUUGAGCUGGGGAAAUGGAACGCCCCAAGAAGACAAGACCGCGGACGACGAUAAAAACGAGAAACUGCCUCCGUACGAUGACGAGAUUGAGAAUUUCCAAAGCUCAACCGUCUUGAACGAGGAGCAGCUCGAGCCAGAGACUGUUGACGCAGAGAAAGAUGAAAACGAGAAAGUUGUCGAAUCAAAAUCUCGUUACGAACCGUUUGAGCGUUCGCUGAGCAUUUCGAUUAAAUUAUGCAACACUGGGAACGAUACUGUGAACGAACUGACGCUAGAAGAACCGUCUGGAAGCGUACAAACCCCUAAUGGGAAAUUUAGAAGGAAACUUAACGAAUCAGUUUGGUCGGUGGAGUCGCUUCCCGUUUACGUACCUACGAAAGAAUGGUUGGCGCAAAACACGACAGCCGGGCCAGAAGUCAUUUUAGAAUUGCAGGAAGAAGCAGAAAAUGGAGAAAAUGAGAAGCCGGAGAAUCCAAAAAAUAGACUAAAUUCUUCGACAGAUUCUGUACAGUUAUCAGAUAGUUUUAUUGACUUCAGCACGCCGGCCAGCAAAAUGGACAUUAAGCAAACUGUGCCAAGCGAGCCGAAGAACUACAAAAUGCAGAAAUGCCUGAAUCCACUAGACUCUCCUAUUAUUAAAAUGAAAAUGUCUGAAAUUUGCGCUAAAGAAAUCGAGAUAAUCGAAACUUCCGAGCCUGCCCAAAACCCGAAGCGGCGUUCUUUCACAGCGGAAGAAAAACUGGAUCAAAGUGAAGAUUCCAAUAAAGACAAAACUAUAACGUUGGAUUCGGAAAAAGCCAGCGAAGAGUCGUCGGCUCAGAAAAACGCAUUGGAGGUCGGGGCCGGGCUGUUGUUGGUGCCUCCUCUGGAUCACGUCGCAAUGGAGCUGUCUCCGUCUAAAGGGAAUCUGGUGGAUUGUGGGGUGCAGUUUCCAGAAUUCCAGACGUCAAGAGGAAACGCGAGCAUCAACCGCAAACCGAAUGCCAAUGCGUCAGAUGUGUACAACUGCAGCGCUCGCUCUGAGGGGGCAAACUGGCAGAAAAAGAGGCACAACCAGGGCAGGAACAAGGGCCCCUAUCGACCCUACAACCAACAGGAAGUUUACUUCGACUACAACAAACCUGGAAAACAAAGAGGAGGAAAAGGUCGACACUGAGUGGACGAGAUUUCUAAUGUGAUUUUUAAAGAAAAUUUAAUAUUUAAAUUAUAUUUUUUCAAUAAAUUGUCCUACUAGAA